ACAACCCAUCUUCUUCCUCUUCCCGCAAACACGCAAAUCUUUUGAGCCGCGGAGCCAAUCCAAUCGCCGCGGCUCCAUGGAAGCAGCGCAGGGGCCGGGGCAGGGGCAGGAGGAAGAGACGGCCGCGCAGCGGAUGCGCGGGCAGGUGGGGGGAGCAGACGGCGUGGGGUCAGCGGCGGCGGGCGCGGGGGCCAUGGCCAUGGUACCGAUGCACCAGGGAUUCAUGGUGCCGAAGCCGGAGCCGGUGGAGUUCUUCGGCGGGAUGGCCAUGGUCCGGAAGCCGCCGCCGAGGAACCGCGACCGGCACACCAAGGUGGAGGGCCGCGGGCGGCGGAUCCGCAUGCCGGCCGCGUGCGCGGCCAGGAUCUUCCAGCUCACGCGGGAGCUAGGGCACAAGUCGGACGGCGAGACCAUCCGGUGGCUGCUGCAGCAGUCGGAGCCCGCGAUUGUAGCCGCCACGGGCACCGGUACCGUCCCGGCGAUCGCCACCACCGUCGACGGCGUGCUCCGCAUCCCCACCCAGUCCUCCUCCUCCUCCGCCGACCCGGCCGUCGUCGACGGCGCCGGCGAGGAGUCCUCCGCCAAGCGCCGCCGCAAGCUCCAGCCCACGCGCGCGGCGCCCGGCGUCACGCUCCCCACGGUGGCGGCUCCCUCUGCCUAUUACUCCGUCGUCGCCGACCCUCUCCUGCAAGGUCCAGCCGGCGGAGGCGGCGCGGCGAUUUCCGUCGCCAGCGGCCUCGCCCCCAUGAGCGGGCACCACCAGGGCCUCGUCCCCGUCUUCGCCGUGCCGUCCUCCGGCAGCCCCGCGGCCGCCGUCGGCGGCCACAUGAUCCCGCAGGCCACGGCGGUGUGGAUGGUCCCGCAGCCAGUGGCCGGCGGCGGUGCCGCCGUGGGCAACCAGCCCACCCAGUUCUGGGCCUUCCAGUCCGCGCCGCAGCUCAUCAACCUCGCCGGCGCGCAGGGAGCCGUGUUCCCAGCCGCGGCGCUCAACGUUGCUGACUUCCACCAGCAGCAGCAGGCCGCCUCCACCGUGGUCCAGAACAGCAACAGCUCGUUCCACCAGCACCUCGCCGGCGCCGAGUCGCACGAGCAGCAGCAGCGCCGCGCCCACCACCCCGAGGAGGAAGACGACGACGACGACGAGGAGCCGGUCUCGGACUCCAGCCCAGAAGAAGAGUAGCCAAACCAAGAAAGCACUCCACUGCACGCAAGAAAAGUCAAAUCCAAUCCAAAUCCAAAGAAGAAGAAAAAAAGCCUAGGCUCCUUUCCCCCCGUCCAAUUCCAUUCUCCUCUUUCCUACUCCCUCUCCUUUCCCUCCGAUGAACAAUUGAUUACUCCCGCCAUGGGCGGCGGGCUGUGUUGUGUUAGUGCCGAUUCGGGCCUUGUUUAGCGAGUACUACUCCAGCUUACUAACCAGUGUCUAGCGUUAGAGAAGAAAGACGACAUUGUAGUAGAGCAUGCAAUUGAGCAGCAGAUGAUGAUGAUUCAGAGUACCAGUACCAAUUUUAACCAGAAUAAUAAAAUUAUCUCUCCUUUUCCUAGGGGUCCCCUUUCUAUGUUGUAACUUUUCUUGCUCUUUGCUCUCGUGUUGCUUUUUGGAAAUUUGGAGGAGGAAGCUUUUAGCGGCCGCUAUUUCAUCUCUGUUCAUGUCCUUCCCGUAGUUAGUGAGAACAUAGUUACGACUUUUGGAUGAUGUUUUAAAGUGGCUCUAAUGUUCAGGAGAACAAAUUGUUCUGUUCCAGCAAUCUCCUAUGUGUACAGGCAGACAUGUUAGAAAAUUGAUCUAAUUGCGCCUUCCAAUCUCCCUGGCUUUAUAUAGUAUUUUGGAGGAAUCUUAUCUGCAAAUUGCUAUGGUAUAUAGAAAUACAUUGCCAUAGUAAUAUAUGUGUCGUAGUUAUGUUGAACGCAUUGUUCCAACCAAGAAUGUGCAGCUUUUAGCUGAUCCUGUCAUCCAUGCCAUCUAUGUGUUGCAGGACCAUUUGAAGCAUGAGAUUAAGAUGGAGAUGAAGAAGGAUGUGUAUCACUAGUUGAUUUAUCAGACAUCCUGGGGGUGGAUCUUUACCAUAUAGAGACGCAGGCACAAAAGGUUGUCAUGUAGGAUCCGGCCCUGAUGUUGAUCAAUGGUGAGAUCAUGUUACAGUCAGAUCGCCUUGGCUGGGACUCUAUGACAGAUGAGAUAAAUGAGAAGUUGCAAGAACACAGCCAGAUCGCCUUGGCUGAGAUUGCUACAUAUUGGAUCGGAGUUGGUCGUCAAUAUCCUCGAGCCUCGGCUUGGAACUAAUUUUAAAUUUGAACUAAAUCCACGACAAGGAUUUAGGAUCGGAGGGAGUACUAAAAUUAUAAAUGCUUCCAGGUGCAAGGAAGGCUAGAAGGUGGCCAGAUAUACUCUCCAGCAUACGUCUCACGAAUUACUGCCAUGGUCCGUGGUGCGGCAAGGGGUAUAACUGUCCUGUCAAACUUGCCAUCUGUCUGGAACUCCUUGCAGCAACAGCUCCAAGGAGUCUCGGUGGAAGGUUUAUUCUUCCAGUCCAUUUUUGUUAGCUUGCUAAAAGAAGGUGCUGUACUUGGGUCUGUCCGUGGCAGAGUACAGUGAUCACCAGCUGUAAGAUCCACAUUUGAAUUCAUAUUAUUAAUUCUUAAACUAUAUUUAGUGUUGUGUUAAUUUUUUUCUCUUUAUUAGUUUUUUGCACAUGCUCAGAAGGAAAGAGUUGAUGUGUUUUUUUCACAGGUUGAGGCAUCUCUAUUUAGUUCCUACGAUUUUAUGACAUAUUAGAAGCAACGAUUUUGAGGCAGUAUCACAAGUAGGCUUCACUGAACUACAUGUGUGUAGCACAAGUAGGCUUCACUGAACUACACAAGAUCUGAACUUCUACAUGUGCACCUUUGCAUGACUACUUAUCUAAUUCUUCCACACAUGCGCUCACAGUUUUACUCCACAUCUUGUUGCAUCAUCAUAAAUCUCUUCAUCUGGUAUUUACCAUGAUACUGGUUCUGUUUCUGAUCACAAAUUAAAGUUAUUAUUAUUCCUUAUCUCCUUUUGUGUGUUGACUUCUCCAUUUUCUAUGCAGAACUCUUAUAUUGGGUAUGAAGUGCUUCAGAAACUUGCAAUUCCUCAACCUAAAGUACUAAACAGUACUUGGAGGUACUUGAGGCUGUCAGUUUUCCUUUACAAUUCGAAUUUAUAUUGACUAUCUUUUUAUCUUCCUAUUUAUCUAAUAGCCCGUUUGGAUGUAAGAAUUCAGCCCCAGAAUUCGGAAUUGGAAUUGGAGACGUUCAAUUCUUCUGUUUGGAUGGCGCAGGAAUCUGCUGUUGGAAUUCUCCUUCAAUUCCAAUCGUUAUGUAUACACUACCGAGCGGUCUAACCAAAUUCCGACCCCCCUCGCUCGAUUUUGGGCUGAAUUCGUCCACUUCCCACCACCCUGCCCACGUGCGUCCACUUACCGGUUCGCUCUCUCUAAACAGAGGAACGAAACAAGUGCAGAAGCCUGAACCUACCGAGAAAAGGCCCGAGAAAAGGCCGGAGGCCUCCGUCACCGUCACUGGAGCUCUCCCAGCGCCGCCGACGCGACGAGCUUGCCUGGCGUACGGUCGCCACCUUGUCUUCCUGGAUCCGGUGAGAUCCGGCGCCGCGCCUCCGGCCCGCCUGCUGCUACCCCAUCCCCUCCUGCAGCAGCCCCGUUCUUCACCGUAUCUGGCGAGAUCCACCGCCGGAGGCCCGCCCGCUGCUACCUCUUUGGCGAUGCGCCGCUCUUGCCUGGAUCCGGCGUGCUCCUCUUCAUUUUCCCCAAAAUCCCCACUUAUUUCGUGCUCUGUAGCCUCCUAGCCACAUUUGCCGUCGCUGCAGCACCGGCCUCGCCGCCGGCGAGCGGUUCCCGGCCGCGGAAGCCCUGGCCGAACUUCCCAUGGAACUCGCCUCGUUCUGCUCGUUCUCCCUGUAGGAGUCCAGUGCUUUUUGGUGCCCUGCAGCGCCUGUUCGGCAGUACACUGCCGUGUUGCUGGCCGCCGGCCAUGGUUGCCGCUGGCCAAGCCUCUCCCGAUGGAUCCAAGCAGCACGUGCUGCUGCCUUUCCUCUUUUCUUUUCUGUUUAUUUUUCUUUGCACCCAGAUCAAAUAUACAAUGCUCAAACAGGUUUUUACUUUACCAUUCCAUUGUUUGUGCAUCCAAACAUGAAUUGGAAUUGGAUGUACUUUCCAAUUCCAACUACCAAUUACAUGCACAUCCAAACAGCUACAAUGGUACUGUAGGCCAAGUCCAUUUCCACUCAGAAUUGGAAUCCUAACCAAUUCAAUUCCACCCCUUGAAUAUUUACAUCCAAACACAGCCUAAAGGGAAACUUUUAUCUUCUACAGGCCAGAUGCCCAGAUGGCAUUGCACUGGACGCUAUUUUUGUUCAUCCAUCUGUUGUCGAUAUGCUAGAUGCUGCUGUGGGUGACGCAAUCGAGAAUGGACACUGGUAUUGUCAAAUUUUAUGUCUGCUCAAAGGUUAAUUGUGAUUUGCCAUUGUUACCUGCUAUGAUAAUGCAUCUCCAAAAUUGGCCUCA